UCAGUGCUCUCUGGUGAACCGACAAUGUGAAAGUCACACUGUUUCUCAAUUACCUCAAACAUAUCUUUGCCAUUUUUAUAUUACAGUUUCCCUUUUUACUUAUCGACCAACAUCUAUGUUGAUAUUAACAGGCUUUAUCUAUGAUAAGCUAAAAUUGGCUGGCCAGUUUAUUGGUUGGGCUCUGGUGUCCACUUUGUCCAGAAGCUGUGAAAGAUGUGGCAAUUUAUACUUUAAGCUACAUUGCAUGGGUCAAUUAUUUAUUAGAAUGCCUUAUGUAUUUUCAGCUGAAAAUAGUCAGACACACAAGCUGUGAAUAUAAACUACAACUGUAAUAUGAACUAAGAGUUAACUUAAUAAACAGAAAAGAGGAAAAAGGAGACUAUUAACUAGAUUCACUUGUACAUAACUUGGCAAAGUUUACUGCUCCUUGAUGAUUGAAUGCAGUCCUUCUGUUAGGCUGUUCUUCGUACAGAAGGUUUUCCCUCAUAUUUAUGGUACAGACCUUUCUCGCAGCAGCCACUUUGACACAGGUGUAUCCAUUCAUACUAAUUAAGGUUCUGUUCCAUUUCUUGCAGCUGAGCCUUUCCAUUAAGCCGACAUGCACCACAGCAGCAUCCUGACCCUGUUUGACCUGAAUGGAAUGGAACCUUAAUUAGUAUCUUUGGUACACAGACACACUGGACAGGUGAAUUAUUAGACCCAGAUAUUAAACAGUUUCCUCCUGUAGCGUUGAUGUGAUACACCGCAAUGGAAAAGCACAUAGUCACUUUUUGUUUGUUUACGGUUGAAAUCUGAUGUUGACAUGAGAACAUCAUUUUACACAGUACUUUAUUACUGUCUGUAGCAACCAGCUCAAGGUUAAAUAUAAUUCUUACAUUUUAUUGUGAAGGACAAUCUUUAUGGGGGUAAAGAAAAAAAAAGAAAAGAAAGCGGAACUGAAGUGCAGGUAUGGUUUCACCGGGGGGGCUAAGGUGAGCGACUCCUACCUCUUCCCUCAGACAGAUUUUGUGGUGGUGGUCCGCUCUUUCGCUCACUGACUUUUUAAUUCUGUUUUCCAGAUUACUUUAAGAGAGAGUUGAGAGCGGUGAACCCCAGCAAAACUUCAUUUGUUACUACAGCUUUACACUUUUAAACUUGUAACAAACUGUGGGGGCUGGUCUGGGAUCUCUUCUCAUCACAACCACUGAGGAGUAGAUCCAGAGAUAUCAGAACCAUGACCAAGGUGAAAAGACGCUGCGGCAGGCCAGGAGUCAACCCGGGGGUGUCCAAGAGGGGAGACCAAGGAUGAAAAGGAUCUUCACCUCGCUAGGAGCCACACUGCUGAUCCUGAGGCCAAUGCACACUAGUCACCUGUGAGCCACAAUGCUGAUCCCGAGGACAACGCACGCUGGUUACCAGACCGCUACACCACUGAUCCGGUGGUCAUCGCACACCUGCACCAGGGGAUCGGGAGGUCAACGCACACACCCCACUUCCCAAGUCACUACACUGCUGAUUUACUGAACUAACAAACUCUCAGGUGACAUCAGGACCACACACCAUGUCUGCAGCAUGCAAAGAAUUAGUAUGGAGCAUCAAGAAACAACUCUUCAGACUCUCGAGCAACAACAUCUAUCAGGUUGCAAAAGACAUUGCAAUCAACAGCCAACACGAGGGAGAGCUGCAUCCGAAUGAUGAAGAAGGCUGCAUGGAGUAUGUCCUCUCUUACAUGCAAUCUGACAACUUAUUAAAACUUGAGGAUGAAGGUAUGGGUCAUAUACUGGCUCUAAACGAUUUGAUAUGUAAAGUAAUGAAUGUCGAUGCUCCUGUUAAUUAUCCAGUUAGUCUAUUGAGUGAUGGUGACACACGUUACACCUAGUCACAGCCCAUCUAUCACGAUCUCUAAACUCUGCAUCACAACCUCAUUCUCAUCCUAACUGCACAGUUAUGUACCCUAACACUCAUACCAAUACAACAAUACAGUCAGUAGAAGAACUGAGACAAAUGUAUACGGAGCUGGGCGAGAAAAACUCAGACGAUGUGAAUCUACAGCAGCCCCGCCGACUGCAACUCUCCCACACCACGGUGAGUCAAGGCCAGACUGUAUGCCCCAGGUUAUCUCAGAGAGACCAGUAGUUCUGAAGGACCUCUCCUAUCAGGUUGGAGAUCAGAACUCUGAUUUGAAUUACAACAAUAUCAGUAAACAAAUUGACAAGGGAAUAAAAGAGGGUUUCGCAGAGGCAGAGGUGGUCAGAGGUGUGUUGAGGAUCAUCAAACCAGGUGCCUUUAAGGAUAUGCUGGUAAACAAAGAUUCAAUUAUAGUAGCUGAACUCAAAGGCUUCCUCAGGUCCCACCUCUGUAAAAAAGCAACAACUGAGAUGUUCCAGGAAUUGAUGUGCGCCAGGCAAUCAGACCAAGAAUCACCCCAGCAGUUUCUGUAUCGCAUGAUUACACAUGAGUACAGACAUUUCAUAUGAUCCUAAGACCAUCCAGGAAGUUUUCCUCCAUACUAUCUAUAAGGGUUUGGGGCCAAAACAUGCUGACCUCCGACAGAGACUGAGGCCUCUAACCUCGAACAGCCAAGUCACAGAUGAGGAAAUUCUUCGCCAGGUCAUGAAAAUAAUAAAUGUUGAGAAUGAGCAUCAGCGCAGACUUGGCCAACCCCUUCGACAAAAGACAACACAAGCACACAGUGCCAAAGUUGAGACGGGAGACUAUCACAACAAUGAACACAGCAUACAGAAUACAGCAACAGGCAAUAAAAAUCUCCCGACAAUGCAACAGCUUAGUGCCCAGGUGGAGACCCUAACACACAUGGUGGCUUCUUUGACUGAUCAGCGGACAGCAAACACUCAGGUGUCUCCCCCUCUCCACAUCCAGCCACACCUGUCCUCUCAACCACCCCCCUUCAGGUCUAUCCAACCACAACUGAGACCAACCGCAGUUCAGACGAGAGGUAGAACAGCUCGUUGUCUGAAAUGCAAAGAGCAGAAUUCACAGGAGUGCAACCACUGUUUUGUAUGUGGAGAGGCAGGACACAGGGCAGUGGGAUGUUUGAAAUGAGUCAAGGUGCAGGGAAACGGGACUCAGUCUCUGGGGAGGGACACCCAGAGACCAGUGUGCAGUUUCAGUCCCAAGCAGUAGGCCACACCCCCAAUCCAAUAACAAGACACCCAAAAGAAAACAAACACCAAAAGCCACACACGCUUACCUGCCAGAGUAAAAUCACCUGCAAGGCACCCCUGGUUGGGAAGAAAAGUUUACUGAAAUGUUUGGUUGGUGGUUACCCGGUAACAGUCCUGUUUGAUUCAGGCUCGCAAGUGAGCAUAGUUGACCAAGUACCAGCACCUCUCCACCCGAGCCCUGGCUUCCUCCUGUUGAUAUCAGUCACCUGAGCCCUGAACAACGGCAGGUGGUGAAGGAAGUGCUCCAGGAGGAAUGUGAAGCGUUCUCCCGUCGCAGCGACGACAUAGGAUGUAUCCCCUCCCUACAGAUGAGAUCAGGACCAAGGAUGACAUUCCAGUUCAGAGGGCCUACGCAUGCAUCCCAAAACCACUCUACUGGGAAGUAAAGGAGUACAUCCAGGAGCUGUUGAUUAAAGGAUGGAUCGUGAAGUCACAGUCACUUUAUGCCGCUCCUGUCAUCUGUGUGAGGAAGAAAGAUGGUUCCUUACGUCUGUGUGUUGACUACCAGCUCCUUAAUAACAAAACUUUACCGGACCGUCACCCUCUUCCUAGAAUCCAGGACCUCAGUGACUCCCUGGGAGGAUAUUCCUGGUUUUCGAUCUUGGAUCAGGAUAAGGCAUACCAUCAAGGCUUUAUUGCUGAAGGAUCAAGGUACCUGACUGCAUUGACAACUUCAUGGGGGCUCUACGAGUGGGUCCGAAUCCCUUUUGGGUUGUCUAACGCACCAGCCGCCUUUCAAAGGAGCAUGGAAGGAAUGCUCGACACGCUGAGGGACGAGUGCUGCAUCCUUUACCUCGACGAUGUGUUGUGCUUCUCAAGGUCCUUUGAUGAGCAUGUGCAGGUACUAUGCAGAGUCCUCCAGGCCUUACAACGCCAAGGGGUAAAGCUGAAGCCAGAGAAGUGCAAACUCUUCCGCAAAGAGGUACGAUAUGUUGGUCAGUUGGUGUCAGAAGAAGGGAUAAGAAUGGACCCCAAAGACCUUGAAGCGGUGUGUGUACUGGGACACAAGACACCACAGACAGUUGUGGACAUCAGACAGUUGCUUGGGUUCCUGAGCUAUUAUCGAACAUAUGUGUAGGGCUUCUCUCGGAUAGCUAAGCCCUUGUAUGACCUGCUCAAGUCAAAGCCUGACACUCCUCAACUCAAGCCAUCACAGGGAAAAACAAGAGGCCACCAGCCGUCCUCCCGAACCCUGGUAGAGUGGACUUUAGCAACACCAGCAGAUCCUGGAACAGCUUGUGGACCAGCUGACCAAACCCCCAGUGCUGGCCUACCCCGAUUUCAACCACCCCUUCACACUCCACACAGAUGCCUCCCAAAAAGAUCUCAGGGCAGUUCUUUAUCAGAACCAGGAUGGCAGGAUUGGAUAUGGGUCACGCACAUUAACACCAGCAGAACAGAAUUAUCACCUACACAGUGGAAAGCUUGAAUUCCUGGUGUUGAAGUGGGCGGUAUGUGAUAAAUUCUGGGAUUAUCUGUUCUACGCCCAUCAUUUCACAGUCUUCACCGACAACAACCCCCUCACAUAUGUCCUGAGUACCGCCAAGCUAGAUGCUGUGGGUCACCAGUGGGUGGGGCAGCUGGCCGAUUUCCGGUUUGACAUCAAAUACCGGCCAGGCAAAGCCAACAUCGAUGGAUGAGUGCACGGAAGCACUAUCGAAGGAGGCAGUAAGUGCUGUAUGGGAAGGAGGCCGGAGAGCGCAACAGGAAGAUGUAGCCUGAGUGGCAGCCCUCAACCUAACAUCCCAUGAUCAAAACUCAAGUUGAGCCUCUGCAGGCAAUCAGCCACGAUGAGCUGGUGAGGGAACAAAGAAAAGACCCCGCUAUUGGGAAAGUUAUGGAAAUGAAGGGAAAAGACACACCACUACUAGAAGAAGACAGGGAGAAAAUGAACGCACACACGAGGAGGCUGUUACGAGAGUGGGGCAGAUUACACAUAGAGGAUAAUCUUCUCUACAGGAAGAGUGCAGGUCGAUGACAACUGGUCCUGCCUGCCGCCUACAAGCAAACAGUACUCACCCAGCUACAUAACAACAUAAGUCUCAUUGGUGUUGAGAAGGUCCUGAGCCUAGCGAGGGAGCGAUUCUAUUGGCCGUUCAUGAAAAAAGAGAUAGAAGAGUAUGUAACCAGAAAGUGCCCUUGCAUUAAACAGAAGAAGCCAGCUACGCAUGAAAGAGCACCAAUUGGAAGUAUUACAUCGAAUUCGCCCCUCGAGCUAGUGUGUAUCAAUUUCCUUCACCUGGAGGCUUGCAGAGGGGGAUGUGAGUACAUCCUGGUAGUGGUUGACCACUUCACCAGAUUUGCCCAAGCCUAUCCCACCAGGAACAAGGCCGGGAAAACGGCUGCUGAUCGGCUUUUCAAUGAUUUAAUUCCCAGAUUUGGGUACCCGGCCAAACUCCACCAUGACCAGGGUCGAGAGUUUGAGAACGAACUCCCCAGGGCAACACUGCAGAGAGGUUCAAUCGCACCCUACUGCAGAUGCCCUGGACCCUGGGAGAGAAAGAGAAGGAGAAUUGGAAGGACCACCUGCCACAUGUACUCCAUGCAUACAAUUGUACAAGGCACGAGGCCACAGGUUUCUCCCCGUACUAUUUGUUGAAUGGCCGACAUCCUCGCCUUCCUGUUGAUCUCCUCUUUGGCCUCAUAACGGCUGAGGGACCUGAAAUCAGUGGACUAAGGGGAUAUGCUGAAAAAUGGGCAGGAAAAAUAACUGAAGCAUAUCGAAUAGCAAACGCAAACAGCCAACAGUCCAGCUCAAAAGGGAAGACAUACUAUGAUAAAAGGAGCAAAGGAGUCAUUCUUCAGCCUGGGGACAGAGUCCUGGUACGCAAUCUCAGUGAACGAAGGGGGCCCUGGGAAGCUUAGACCAUACUGGGAGCAACUCAUUGACAUUGAGAGAACAGGUGGGAGACAACCCUGUCUACAAAGUAAGCCCUGAGGCGGGAGGUCGACCAGUUCGCACUCUGCACAGAAACCUCCUGUUACAAGUGAACAGCCUACCUGUAGAGCCUCCUCAGAACCCGUCCAUCACAAUCCGAACAGACCAAGACCUAUCAGGGAGAAGUAACUCAUGCAGAGCCUGAACAGGAAGGAGAAGAUGUCAGAGUUUAAGGAGCGGGUGGCGUCAUGCAGCGAAUGUCCUCACCGGUCAGGCUGGGCAGCAAUAAACGAGUUGUCCAGCCUGUCUAUUGAGGACCAAAAAGACACUCACUUUCCUUACGCCAUGAGGGAUCUGCCUCCCAUCCCUCAGCCUGGUGAAGAGCGCCAUGCACCAUGCCACCAGCCACCAGUCAACCGUGAGACUGUGGGAACUGGGACAGUACCCAAUGAGAGACUCCCUAGCCUUCCCGGGACUCCCCCUCCACCCAGUGCCAUCACAUACCACGCUCCUGACUCUCCAACAGUCCCUCCCAGACCAAAUUGUGCGAGAUGGGAUGCAGAGUUUCAGCCCGUGCUGCUGAGGAGGCAGCUUGUCUCUCAGGUGUCUAUGGACUGUCCACUCAGCCCGGCCUCGCGUCCACAGAGCCCCUGGUCUCGCUUUAACCCAUAUGACUCUCCAGAGGAUCGUGAAAAGGAGUAUGUGGGAUUUGCCACAUUGCCCAACCAGGUUCAUAGAAAGUCAGUGAAGAAAGGUUUUGCAUUCACGCUAAUGGUGGCAGGAGAGUCUGGCCUCGGGAAAUCUACACUUAUCAACAGUUUGUUCCUCACAGACCUCUACAAAGACAGGAAGGUUCCUAAUGCACAAGAGCGGAUCGAUCAAACAGUGGACAUCGUCAAACACACAGUUAGCAUUGAGGAGAAAGGAAUCAGACUGAGGCUCACCAUCAUAGACACGCCGGGGUUCGGAGACGCCAUCAACAACACAGAAUGCUAUAAGCCCAUAGAAGACUACAUAUCACAGCAGCUGGAGCAGUAUUUUAGAGAUGAGAGCGGCUUGAACAGAAGGAACAUCCAGGACAACAGAGUUCACUGCUGCCUCUAUUUCAUCUCUCCAUUUGGCCAUGGUCUUCGACCUCUAGAUGUGGAGUACAUGAAGGCCCUGCACGAAAAGGUCAACAUAGUACCUGUGCUGGCCAAAGCUGACAGCAUGACAGAGGAAGAGCUUCGCAGAAAGAAGAUGAAGAUCAGAGAGGAGAUCAAGCUGUUUGGGAUCAACAUCUACCAGUUUCCUGAGUGUGAUUCAGAUGAGGACGAAGACUUCCAGAAACAGGACCAGAUGCUCAAGGACAGCAUUCCUUUUGCAGUAAUUGGGAGUACUGUACAGGCAGAGAUUAAAGGUCGUAAGGUCAGAGCUCGUGUCUAUCCCUGGAGCCCGGUAGAAGUGGAAGACCCAGCUCACUCUGACUUCCUGCUGCUGAGGGACAUGCUGGUGAGGACGCACAUGCAGGAUCUGAAAGACGUGACGCAAGAGAUACACUAUGAAAACUACCGAGCUCAGUGUAUCCAGAACAUGACCCGCAUGGUAGUGCAGGAGAGGAAACGCAGCAGUUUGCGUGAGAAGCGAGGUGUGGUGGCAGAUUUUCCUCUGCCGCUGGCCACCAUUGAUCCAGAGACCAAUCACAUCCAUUUUGAUUGUGACGGAGAGAGAAGGAUUCAGGGGCAGAGCCAGCACAAUCAAAGAGGAGGCCAUGGUUCCCCAGGAGAGGAUGCAAGCGAGGAGAGCCCAGGAACACAGGAAGUCGGCGGGCGCUGGUGAGGGGUUGGGUCCUGACGGCGCCGAUCUCCGAGCCGAGCGGAUCAGGAUUGGCUGCAGCGUCCUCCGCAUCCUCUGCCAGUGGACCAAUGUUCGAGCCCCAAGAGGACAUUUAAACAGCCGCAGCAAGAGCAUCGUGGCGGCUUAUUUUGUGUGUAGUAGUGAUGAGCUCGCCUCGUUCUUUCUGGUUAACCGUGUAUUUCGCAAUUGGUGAGGAGUUUGUAAUUUUGGUUUGGGACUGGGCAGGGAUUAGUUUAGUCGUAGCACUGAUCACACCGAAAGUAUUUUGGCUGUUAGCGACAUUAGUUCAGGGGUGCUGUUUGGAUGUGUGUUUUGUUAUUUGGAAAUUAGCAUUAGAUAGUGAGGCUUUUCUUUUUUCGUUUUGGUUCUUGUUAGAAAGUAAUAGGCUCUGUUAGAGUUCUCUUUUUGUUAUAUUUGUUUGUUCUUUUGACAGCACCCGCUCGCCCUUCGUUCCCUUUUUUGCCUCUCCUCCUUUUGUUAAAAAGACAAUCUGAACUUUCAUUUAAUAAACUACUUUUGUUAAUAACCUUUAAAGAUCUGGGUUCUAUGUUACUUCUUUCACACCCUUUUAUGGUCGUAACAAUGUCAAUAAUAAAAAAA